CCGGCAACCUUCCGAUUACAAGACAAACUGCCAACUCUUGAGCCACGAUCGCCCACACUUUUCUGGUGGAAAAGUGGAGAGUGUGGUCUGUGUAUCAAGUGCUGGUGGGUUUUGAUGGUUGAUUGGUCCACUGUUUUAUCAAAAAGUCAAUGCAGUUGUCUACCAGGAGAUUUUAUAGCACUUUAUGCUUCCACCUGCUGUCAAGCUUUAUGGGAAUGCUCAUUUCCUUUUCCAGCAGGACCUAGCACUGCCCACAGUGACAACUAUUAUAAAUCUCAAGUUAUGGCAGCUAUCAAAUCAACCUUCAACAACUCCUUAGCAGGCUUAAAAGGCAUGCAAUGAAUAAAGACUAUAUCAGUGUUUCCCUUUUUGAAGACAAUUGUUGAAAGAAUUAAACUUUUUCAUGCUAUUCAGAUUUUUUUUUAAAGAUGCAUUACUAUAUACUGAAAAAACAACAACACAACAUUUACUAAGAAGGAACUGGUCAAAUAACCAGGUGGCUGCCUGUUAUAUUUGUGCACCUCAGGUAAAGAGGUCAGCAGUCAGCAAAUGCAACCUGUAACGCAAGCAAUCAACCUGGGAUAGUGAAUUGGUUGCUUAUAAAGUCCCAAGCUAGGACUUGAAGCAUUCCACCAUUAAACCAUAUUUUAAAAAUUUAAGCUCUAAAGUAUUUGUCUUUCCUAUGUGUAUUUAAGAUUAAGUUUAGAGUAAUUUCACUGCCGCCUGCUCCCUUAAAGGAAAACUCAAACACACACAUCUGUCUGUUUAUCUGUUCACUGUGACGCGCCAUUAGCGAUAUGUGCCACCUUCCUCUGCCCCCCUUUGUGUAUCAUCUGUCUCCGCUGCAUUUCCUGUGUCCCGGCUGGUUGUCAUGACCACUGUUACCAAGGCGAGCAGAGGCUACAGAAGAAAGGAAACCUGAACCACAGAUCUUGAUGCCACGAUAUUUAAUUCAUCAGCACAACACACCACUAAGGCCAAAUGCAGAGGGAAUAAGGAUUCUUUCUUGGGUGGAAAAUAUGUUGAAAUGAAAACAAAGACCUGCUGUCAGAUCCUUCUGUUACACUGCCCCCAGCUAUUUAUGUGCCAAACAAUUCACCAUAAUAACUGCAGUUGGUAUUUCAGCUUGUUAAUGUUUCAGUAGUCUGUGUCUAUCUAACUGAAAAACAUGAAAGUGUUCAGUAAGAAAUUGCAGUUAAGUGAAUUUGAAAAUAAACCCCAAACAAAUUGUGAUCUCUUAUUUAUUUAUUUAUUUUUUGUGUAGCCUCACAACAUUUUAUCCACAGUCAAAAAAAUCAAACCAUGAAAAGCUGCUUCGCCCUUUCGCUGCAGACAAAAAGAGGCAAGUGAAAGCUAUUUUUGUGUUGUCUUCUUUAAAAUUCACGUAAUUACGUGUGGUAUGGAGCAAUAGAGUUUGUAAUCCCCAUUGUAGGAGCCCACUCCAUGUUGUCUUUGUGUUAGCUGAUCCACCUACAGACACCGCUCCAUCCUGAGUUUGCCCAUGCCUCCCUCCCUUUUGUUGUCUCACCCUCUUUCGCCCUCUCCCUCCCACUCGCCUGUUUUAUUGUGGUUUUUUUUUUGUGGGGUUCAGUGGUGCUUUCCACAGGUUGGAUAUCAGAGGGGAUGAAGGUAAGGGGGAGGGAUCUUAUGCUCUACUUACCCAGAAGUCUGACUUUGCAGGCCUGAUUUCUUAUUUAUACCCUUGUUAGAUCUGGACUGACCCAUCUGGGCUGCACUGCUACUAAAGGAAGUGGUUGAGGGAGGGUGAAGCUGUGCAGCAGCUGAAGCCUGAAGUGGCCUCAUCAAGGCUUGGACCCCAGCGCCAUAUAUUGUCAGUUAAGAGACACUUCAGCUGGCAACAGCAGCGGUGUCUGAAGAUAAAUUCUGCAGGUUGUUUUCUACAGGAAAGCUGUUCUUUCAGAGGACGAAGACUACAAAAACCCGUUGCUUUGAGGCUUAAUGUGGAUUUGGGAUUCUUUGGAGGAAAAAGGAGGCUGGAGUACCCUCUUUAGGUUGAUCACGGUUCAUAUUUUGUCCAUCCUUCUGGAAGCAUAAGGAGUAGAAACUGGCUUUCGAUGACCAGGAGGUAAAAAGCUACGCUGUUUUAUUCUGUGUAAUUGAGAGUCACUAUAUUCAACCUCCUGUGAAAGGAUACACUCAUAGCAUCAUCAGUAGCCUCGGAUCCAGGUAUCAGGUUAUAUCAGUCUGAUCCAUCUAGGUAAGGCUACACCAAAACCAAGAGUGACACUGAAGUAAACAACAGCUCAGGAGUCCCGAGUUCAAGGAAAAAAGAAGCACUUCCACUGAAAAGAAAAGAAAAACUCCUGGCAGAGAUCUCUCUUCCACCGGUCCUGCAUUAUAAAGCCUGAUUGAUCCCACAUCUGCAGGCUGCCACAGGUGGCUGCACAGGUAUUGGCUACUCAAUAAUGCACCGACUCAAACUUGAAAAGGAGGAGAAAGUGCGCGAGCCUCUGAUCCCCUGAAAAGCUGGGUGUCUGUUGAGGGAAAGCAAGCGAUUACUUCUGGAUAACGCAGCGCACUGAGACGCGUGGAAGUGGAAACUGUGAGCAGAUGUUGAGAAGGAAAAGAAAAAGAGAAGAACAUGACUUUGACAAAGUGACAUUAGGGCAAAGACCAUAAGACGCUUGGCCAAACAACAAAAGGAAAACAGAAGAACACUUAAAUAAAAAACAACUUGGAAGACUGAUAAUAAAGAAAAGAUCUUGUCAAAGAAGCUAAAGACAGAGAACAAAUUAAACAUUAAGAAGUAGCUUCACAUCCAGUUUUUUCAUCAUGGUGAACACCGGGAUGCAGCUGAUCAGCUUCACCUGUGCGGUGACCGGCUGGAUCAUGGCGAUCGCUGUCACAGCCUUGCCUCAGUGGAAGGUCUCAGCCUUCAUAGGCAGCAACAUCCUGACCUCAGAGAUCAAGUGGGAAGGGAUCUGGAUGAACUGCAUUUACCAGACCACGGGUCACAUGCAGUGUAAGACUUAUGACUCCAUGCUGGCUUUGCCUCCCGACAUCCAGGCAGCCCGUGCUCUUAUGUGUCUGGCCAUCUUCAUGGGCUGGCUCUCCUGCACCGUGUCCUGCUGCGGCAUGAAGUGCACCACUUGUGCCGGGGAUGAUCGCCAGGCCAAGGCGGGUAUAGCGCUCUCAGGUGGAGUUCUCUUCAUUUUGACAGGCCUGUGCGUAUUAAUUCCAGUUUCCUGGACUGCCAAUACAGUCAUCCAGGAUUUCUACAACCCCAACGUACCUGUGAUGUACAAAAGAGAGCUGGGCCAGGCUAUUUAUUUGGGCUGGGCGGCUGCGGUUAUUCUCAUGAUCAGCGGAGCUGUGUUGAGCAGCACCUGCCCGCUCAUGGAGAGGGGCGGCAGGUACCGGAGGGGCUACAUAGGGCGGAGUUUUGCAAAUUCACCUGCUACAGCACCAGAUUUCCCAAAGCCUAUCACUUCUAAUAAUUUACCACUGAAGGAGUAUGUGUAGGAAAGGAAGAAGGACAGAAGAGCUGAUACUCUUAAAAAUGGUACAAAGAUCAUGAAUUUUAAGGUAUAAAUUCAAACAUAUAUUUAUGAAUACGUAUUUUGUAUAUCUCUUUGUCAUGUUUGUCUUCAGUACAUUGAGAUUUGAUGUUUUCUGUUCUCUGAGUCAUAGCAGUGCCUGAAGAAAGCCUUUAGUCUUUGCUGUAACAGUAUGACUUGAUGAUGGCUUUAAUGAUGGCUUGUGUUUUGAGGAUUGCAGUGAUUACUUAAGUCAGAAAAUUGUGAAAUUAAAAAAAAAAAAUCUGGCAAAGUGUGCUUAAAGUAUUUUGAAGUAGUCGCUUUUCUUUGUGUGCUGGACUUUUGUUCUAUUUAGGGUCACUCUGUCGACAUGCAUAUGACAAACCCAAAAAAAGUACAGACAUUCUGCAUUUAAGUAGAAGUACACCUACUAGUGUUGAAAAAAAAAAAACUCCUGUAAAAGUUAAAGCACCAAUUAAACUUCUAAAAGUGAAAAAGUACCAGCUCUGAAAUGUAUUUAAAGUAAAAAGGUAAA